AAAAGAAAGUCCAGUUCCAGCGUUCAGUUAAUGGAAUCGUCGGAGAGCACCAACACCACCAUCGAGGAUGAAGACACCAAAGUACGGAAGCAAGAAAUCAUUAAAGUCACAGAGCAGCUGAUCGAAGCAAUAAGCAAUGGUGACUUCGAGUCCUACACGAAGAUGUGUGACCCUGGGAUGACUGCCUUCGAGCCUGAGGCUCUGGGCAACCUCGUGGAAGGCCUGGAUUUCCACCGAUUCUACUUUGAAAACCUGUGGUCUCGGAACAGCAAGCCCGUGCACACGACGAUCCUGAACCCUCACAUCCACCUGAUGGGGGACGAGUCCGCCUGCAUCGCCUACAUCCGCAUCACGCAGUACGUGGACGCGGGAGGGAUCCCUCGCCCCGCCCAGUCCGAGGAGACCCGCAUCUGGCACCGCCGGGACGGCAAAUGGCAGAUCGUCCACUUCCACAGAUCCGGCGCGCCCUCCGUCCUACCGCAGUAAGCCUGUGAGGCUCCGG